UUUGCGCAAACGUACAAUAAAUACCUCAUGCUUUUACAUCAACUGGUUUGGAGUCUGGAUUUUUGGGCGUCCUCUCGAGCAAGUGGGCAUCUCUACUACUGAGAGGUCCAACAUUUGGCGCCCAACGUGGGGCUCGAGGUCGCCCUCAGACCCAUUCUCUGCAGGACCAGUUGGAGGUAUAAUUAAGUGUUUUCUGUCUGUUGUUCUUUGUCUUGAGUAUUCUGACUGGAUUCUGACUGAAGUAUUCUGACUGGCCAGUAUCUGACCUGACUCUGUGGGACCAGUGGGGGAGGCAGGCGUGCCCAGCAACCCCUGGUCCGUUCCCCGGAGGACGCUCCGGGUUAUGAGGGGAAACCCUCGGUCUGUUCCCCCGGAAGACGCACCGGGGUGGUCUGGAGGUGGGUCGGAGACCAAGUCUCCCUCCUUCCCGGGGAGGGCUGGUCAGGCAGCCGCUCCCAAAAAUAGCGCAAUAGCGUUCGAUUUGUCCUAGCCAUGUGUUUUGUCUUGCUUACUGUAUAUGUCUGUGCAUUGGCUGUUCUUUUUGUUUGGGCUGAAAUCCUUGUACGCAUGGGUCAACAAAUAACCACCCCUUUAAGUCUCACUCUAGAUCACUGGAAGGACGUUCGAGAACGCGCGCGCCACCUCUCAUUGGAGGUUAAAAGGAAACAAUGGGCAAAAUUCUGUUCCUCAGAGUGGCCGGCCUUCGAGGUCGGCUGGCCAAGGAACGGCACUUUUAACCUCGAUAUUAUUUUACAGAUUAAGGAACGAGUCUUUCAGCCAGGAUCCGAUGGACACCCUGAUCAGGUGCCCUACAUUACCACGUGGGAGGAUCUUUCACGUAACCCCCCUCCCUGGAUAGAACCCUUCUCCUUCCCGACGGAGCCCAUACGUACCCCGAUACCCCCUCCUCCUAUCCCGGUUGUGCCAACCUCCUCCCUAUACCCUCUGAAGGAGAUUCGAGAUCCAAAACCUGACAAGCCACCGGUUCUUCCGGCUGAUCAGGACUUUCUGCGCUUUGACUCUCCCCCACCCUAUCUUCCCGGCCAGCCUGCUCCCCCGCAGGAACUCCCACAACAACCAGAGCGGGAUGUGCAACCUUCUGCACCAUCCCCUGAUUCCACGAGGGCAGGGGAAGAAGUCUCAGCGCCUUCCCCGCCCUCCAGCCGCCUGCGCCUCCGUCGGGGGCAGGCAGGGGGCUCGGGAAGCGUCUGGACUUCGCAGGCUUUUCCUCUUCGCUCGGUGGCUGGCCAGAUGCAGUACUGGCCAUUUUCUGCUUCCGAUCUUUACAAUUGGAAAACCCAUAACCCCUCUUUCUCUCAGGACCCCCAGGCUCUGACUGGGCUGGUCGAGUCAAUUUUAUUGACUCAUCAGCCCACCUGGGAUGAUUGUCAGCAGCUUCUGCAGACCCUCCUCACUACUGAGGAAAAGCAGCGUGUCUACCUUGAGGCACGGAAAAACGUCCCUGGAGCAGAUGGCCGACCGACCCUACUGCCAAACGAAAUCGAGGAGGCGUUUCCCUCAACCCGUCCUGAUUGGGACUACACCACCGUUGCUGGUAGGGAGCGACUUCGUCUUUACCGCCAGAUUCUCCUUGCGGGUCUCAGAGGGGUUGGAAAGCGCCCCACCAAUUUGGCCAAGGUACGUGCAGUAGUACAGGGGGCUGAGGAAACGCCGGCAGGCUUCCUAGAAAGAUUAAUGGAAGCCUACCGUAUGUACACCCCGUUUGACCCCCUGGCAGAGGACCGGCAGGGAGAUGUAAUCAUGUCCUUUAUAGGACAGUCAGCGCCGGACAUCCGCAAUAAAUUGCAGCGGCUAGAGGGGCUUCAGGGGUAUACUAUACAAGAUUUAAUGAAGGAGGCAGAAAAGAUUUACAACAAAAGGGAGACCCGAGAGGAGAAGGAGGAAAGGAUCCGCAAGGAGCAGGAGGAAAGGGAAGACAAAAGAGACAAAAGACGUAAUCGAGAGCUUAGUAGAAUUUUGGCCACCGUAGUGCAGGAUACAGAAAGGAGUAGACCAGGACAGAAUAGGGACUUGGGAGACAAACGAAAGCCUCGGGUGGAAAGAGAUCAAUGUGCCUAUUGUAAAGAAAGAGGACACUGGGUCAAAGACUGCCCGAAGAAAACACAGGGACCACAGAAGAGACCAGUUCCAAUCCUGUCCCUGGAAGAAGACGACUAGGUGAGUCAGGGCCAGGAGCCCCCCCCUGAGCCCAGGAUAACCCUUGAAGUGGGGGGCAGACCGGUAACCUUCCUGAUUGACACGGGAGCCCAGCACUCGGUACUGACUUCAGAAAAAGGGCCUUUAAGCUCCAAGACUUCCUGGGUUCAGGGGGCAACUGGAGGGAAGUUAUAUCGCUGGACAACCAAUCGAGAGGUCCAGUUAAGUACAGGACUUGUGACACACUCGUUCUUACUAGUGCCAGACUGCCCCUACCCCCUCCUGGGCAGGGACCUACUCUCGAAGGUAGGAGCCCAAAUUCACUUCCAUGAGAAAGGAGCUACCAUCACAGACUCAGGAGGGCGGCCCCUCCAGGUAUUAACACUACGCUUGGAGGACGAACACCGAUUAUUCGAGAGGCCCUCGUCCACCAUGGCUCCCCUGGACCCCAAGUGGCUCACAGAUUUUCCUCAGGCCUGGGCAGAGACUGCGGGAAUAGGGCUGGCCGUCAACCGGCCUCCCUUGAUCAUAGAUCUGAAGCCCACGGCCAUUCCCGUGUCAGUUCGUCAAUAUCCGAUAGGCAAGGAAGCUAAGGAAGGUAUCCGGCCACAUAUCCAGAGACUGUUACACCUAGGCAUUUUAAAACCUUGUCGUUCACCUUGGAACACCCCCCUACUACCAGUAAAGAAGCCUGGUACGGGUGACUACCGCCCGGUACAGGACUUGCGGGAGGUUAAUAGGAGAACGGAGGAUAUGCAUCCCACAGUGCCCAACCCCUACAAUCUGCUAAGUACCUUGCCUCCGACCCACGUAUGGUACACUGUGUUAGAUCUAAAAGAUGCAUUCUUUUGUUUAAGACUGAGCCCUCAGAGCCAAUCCAUCUUUGCUUUUGAGUGGAAAGACCCAGAGACCGGGUUUUCAGGACAACUCACCUGGACAAGGUUGCCCCAAGGAUUUAAAAACUCGCCUACCUUGUUUGACGAAGCUCUGCACCUAGAUUUGGCCGACUUCCGAGUUAACCAUCCGGACCUGGUCCUCCUGCAAUAUGUGGACGACCUCCUCCUUGCCGCUGAAACUGAGCAGGACUGCCUAAAAGGUACCGGGGCCCUGCUACAGAGACUGGGGGAAUUGGGCUAUCGAGCCUCCGCGAAAAAGGCCCAAAUAUGUCAGAAACAGGUGGCCUACCUAGGCUACCUCCUAGAAGGAGGGCAACGGUGGCUGACAGAGAGCCGAAAAAGGGUGGUUGCUCUAAUUCCACCCCCCAGCGAUGCCAGAAAGAUGCGGGAAUUCCUCGGGAGUGCGGGAUUCUGCCGCCUUUGGAUUCCUGGGUUUGCGGAGCUGGCAGCCCCAUUGUACCCCCUCACGAAGUCCAAUGCUCCCUUUCAAUGGAGAGAAGAGCAACAGCGGGCGUUUGACAACAUAAAAAAGGCCCUAUUGGCAGCCCCAGCCCUGAGCCUCCCUGAUAUGACCAAGCCCUUCACAUUAUACGUGGAUGAGAAUAAGGGAGUGGCGAAGGGAGUGCUAACACAAAUGCUUGGACCCUGGAAAAAGCCGGUGGCAUACUUUUCAAAAAAGCUAGACAAUGUAGCGGCCGGCUGGCCUCCGUGCCUCCGCAUGAUAGCGGCCGUGGCAGUUCUGGUGAAAGACUCGGAUAAAUUGACUCUAGGCCAACCUCUCACCAUAGUGGCACCUCAUGCUGUGGAGACAGUUAUCCGCCAGCCACCAGAUCGGUGGCUCUCAAAUGCUCGGAUAACUCAUUACCAGACUAUGUUAUUAAACUCAGAGCGGGUCCGGUUUGGGACUGCCACCUCUUUAAACCCGGCCACCCUGCUCCCGGAACUGGGGCCCCAGGCCCAGGUAAUCCAUAACUGUCAUCAAAUCCUGGCUGAGGCCCACGGCACCCGAAAAGACCUAACCGACCAGCCUCUGCCGGAUGCCGAAAUGACCUGGUUCACGGAUGGGAGCAGCUUUCUACAGAACGGUGAGCGGAGGGCUGGGGCAGCGGUGGUGGAUGGAAAAACUGUUAUCUGGUCAAGUGCCUUAAAGCCUGGAACUUCUGCUCAAAAAGCCGAGCUCAUAGCCUUAACUCAAGCUUUAAAACUGGCACAAGACAAAAAGGUCAACAUUUACACAGACAGUCGGUAUGCUUUCGCCACUGCCCAUGUACAUGGGGAGAUAUACCGGCUAAGGGGCCUCUUAACCUCAGCAGGCAAGGACAUUAAAAAUAAGCAGGAAAUCCUAGAUCUUCUACAGGCCCUGUUCCUGCCCAAAAUGUUGAGUAUAAUUCAUUGCCCCGGGCACCAACGAGGAGACGACCCCGUAGCAAGGGGAAACAGGAUGGCAGACGAGGCCGCUAGGGCGGCAGCCCUGAGCCAACAGGUGCUCCCGUUAAAGACAAUUGAGCCCACCCAAGUAUCGAGGGAACCACCUUUCCUCUAUUCGGACCAAGACUUAGAUACGAUCCAGCGGCUCGGUGCAGAGUAUGAUGAACAAAUAAGGGUUUGGAGGCUCGGAGAGAAAAUAGUCCUGCCACACCAAUUGGCUAAAGAAAUAAUUACCAGCCUCCAUCAAUGGACUCAUUUGGGACACAAAAAGCUAAAAGCAGCCUUACAGGAAGAUAGGCAGUCUUAUUACAUCCCCGGACUUGACUCUUUAGUCCAGCAGGUGACUGAAUCCUGUGUUCCGUGUGCCAAGGUAAAUGCCAGACACCUCAAGCUCCCGGAGGGAGCUAGGGUAAGAGGAGACCGACCAGGAAUCAACUGGGAGGUCGAUUUCACUGAGAUAAGGCCGGGCAGUUAUGGGAAUAAGUAUCUUCUAGUUUUUGUAGACACCUUCUCCGGAUGGACUGAGGCAUUCCCCACAAAACGGGAAACCGCCCAGGUGGUCGUCAAGAAGAUCAUAGAGGAGAUCUUCCCCCGGUUCGGCUUGCCUAAGGUAAUCGGGUCCGACAAUGGCCCAGCGUUUGUCUCCCAGGUAAGUCAGUUGGUGGCCAAAGCAUUAGGCAUAAAUUGGAAAUUGCACUGUGCCUAUAGACCCCAAAGUUCAGGACAGGUAGAAAGAAUGAACAGAACAAUUAAAGAGACCUUGACCAAAUUAGCGUUGGAGACUGGCGUUAAAGACUGGGUCCAACUCCUCCCUAUGGUGUUGUUCCGGGUCCGAAACACGCCCUCUCAUUGCGGGCUGACACCAUACGAAAUCCUUUAUGGAGGGCCCCCACCAGUAGCAGGCUUGCUUGACCUUGCCAGUGACUCUGUUGCCGAUGCCCCUAAGUUACAGGCCCGGUUGAGAGCACUCCAGAUCAUCCAGAACCAGGUCUGGAAACCUCUUGCAGCAGCCUACCAACCCAAGACGACAACCAUUCCACAUCCUUUCCAAAUCGGUGAUGCUGUGUAUGUCCGAAGGCACCAAUCUAAGACUCUAGAGCCCCGGUGGAAAGGCCCCUUCACUGUGCUGUUGACAACUCCCACCGCUCUCAAGGUCGACGGAAUCGCUGCUUGGGUCCACGCCUCACACGUGAAGCGAGCACCACCUCCCCAGGUCCCCGAGGAUCCGGACAGACCAGCCAAAUGGAAGCUCCAGCGCACUCAGAACCCACUCAAGCUAAGACUUUCAAAAACUGUUUAAUAUUUGUGAUGUUCCUGGCCUUUCCCCAUUGUUUUUCCAAUCCCCAUGCUCCACAAUUGUUAACGUGGAACCCAACCCAGUCCAGCAAGAACAGAGUUCCCUCCCUCCAGUGAGGCAGGCUCUCCCCAGGCCGGUCCAAUAGAUUUUAGGAUUAAAAUCUGUGCAAAAAGAAAAGGAGGGAAUGAAGGACCCUUAUGGGGGAGAGGGACAAGAAACUAGGCCUGGGCAGAUAUCAGGGGCUUCUUAAGAGGUUAGAUGUUCCCCAGAGUCCAGCGGGCAGGACGUUCUCUGGGAAGGAAAAGUCAAUCCCCUUCAGAGAACCUCUAGGCAUGCCCAGAGCAGAGCUGCCACUCUCCUCAGCACUCUCCUCAGCACUCUCCUCAGCACUCUCCUCAGCACUCUCCUCAGCACUCCCCUCAGCACUCUCCUCAGCACUCUCCUCAGCACUCUCCUCAGCACUCUCCCUCAGCACUCUCCGAUAUGCUAAUUGUCCCUCCGAACCAGCCAAUCCCGUGUUGCCACUGCAUCCCAUAUGCUAAUUGUCCCUCCGAACCAGCCAAUCCCGUGUUGCCACUGCAUCCCAUAUGCUAAUGGUCUCUCUGAACUGACCAAUCCUAUGCAUGCGCAUUAGGAAUAUGCUAAUUCGUUGCCUAUAUAACCUGUGUGAAACUGCCGCUCAGGGCUCCUCACUGCCUGAGGUGGGGGCCCGUUUGCGCAAA